AUGGCGCGCGUCUACGCUGAUGUCAACCAGCACAUGCCUCGGUCCUACUGGGACUACGACAGUGUUAACAUCGCCUGGGGUGUUUUAGAGAAUUAUGAAAUCGUCCGCAAAAUAGGUCGUGGAAAAUAUUCUGAGGUGUUCGAAGGUAUCAACGUCGUCAACUAUCAGAAAUGCGUUAUUAAGGUCCUCAAACCUGUUAAGAAGAAGAAGAUUAAGCGUGAAAUCAAGAUUCUCCAAAACCUCGCUGGUGGGCCGAAUGUUGUGGCCUUGCUGGAUGUCGUUCGCGACAAUCAAAGCAAAACUCCUAGUUUGAUUUUCGAAGCCGUCAACAACACUGAUUUCCGCACACUUUAUCCCCGCUUCACCGAUUACGAUGUGCGCUAUUAUGUUUUCGAGUUGCUAAAGGCAUUGGACUUCUGCCACAGCAAGGGUAUCAUGCAUCGCGAUGUCAAGCCCCACAACGUUAUGAUUGAUCAUGAGAAGCGCAAGUUGCGGUUGAUUGACUGGGGUCUCGCUGAGUUCUACCACAAGGGCACCGAGUACAACGUCCGUGUUGCCUCUCGAUACUUCAAGGGACCCGAGUUGCUCGUCGAUUUCCAGGAAUACGAUUAUUCCCUGGACAUGUGGUCUCUGGGCGCGAUGUUCGCAUCCAUGAUUUUCCGCAAGGAACCAUUCUUCCAUGGCAACAGCAACUCUGACCAACUGGUCAAGAUUGCCAAGGUUCUCGGAACCGAGGAGCUCUUCGAGUACUUGGAUAAGUAUGACAUCGAGCUGGACCCUCAGUACGAUGAGAUCCUUUCCCGCUUCCCUCGCAAGCCGUGGCACUCGUUUGUGAACGUUGAGAACCAGCGAUUUAUCAGUGACGAAGCCAUUGACUUCCUCGAUAAGCUUCUCCGCUAUGAUCAUGCGGAACGCCUGACUGCCCAGGAAGCCAUGGCCCAUCCGUAUUUCGAGCCUGUUCGAGCUGCCGCUGCUGCUGCACAAAUCAAAUCUGCCUAA